AUGGCUUCGCUUGCCCCUCUGGGCGCGCGAUCCAUGCAUGCCGGUGGCAGCUUGAACAUCCCCAAGCCCACCAACGAGCCCAACAGCAUUAACAACGAGGCCCAGCGUAAUGCCACGCUCGCCAAGGUGGCCGAGCUGCGCAAGGGUAAGCUCGACGUGCCUCUCAUCAUCAAUGGCAAGGAGGUGAGGACUGGCAACACUGGCGAUAUCAGGCCGCCGCAUGACCACCAGCACCUGCUCGGCGUCUACCACAAGGCCGGCGAGAAGGAGGUCAAGGAGGCCAUCGAGGGUUCUCUCGCUGCCCACAAGCACUGGCGCAACCUCGCGCCCGAGCACCGCCUGGGCAUCUUCAUGAAGAUGGCGUCGCUGCUGGCGACCAAGUAUAGGCCGCUCCUCGCGGCGUCGACGACGCUCGGCCAGGGCAAGAACCUGUUCCAGACCGAGAUCGACACGCCGUGCGAGGCCAUCGAUUUCCUCAACUUCAACGCCCACUACGCCGAGCAGAUCUACAACGAGCAGCCUGCUUCCGAGUACGUCGACCCCUACGGCCGCGGAUCAGUGCGGGCGUGGAACCGGGUGGAGUACAGGCCGCUCGAGGGGUUCACCUACGCCGUGACGCCGUUCAACUUCACCGCCAUCGCGCUCAACCUGGCCACCGCGCCUGCCAUGCUGGGCAACACGGUCGUGUGGAAGCCCUCCGACCACGCCAUCCUCUCCAACUACUACCUCACCCAGCUCUACAAGGAAGCCGGCGUGCCGGACGGUGUGAUCAACUUCAUCCCGGGUGACCCUCAGCUGGUGACCAAGGUGGUCCUGGAGAACCCCAAGCUCUCCGCCAUCCACUACACCGGCUCCACCGAUGUCUUCAGGCACCCGCGCACCUUCAUGCUGUUGUGGAAGGGCCUGGGCGACAACAUCGACCGCUAUGCCAACUACCCUCGCCUGGUCGGUGAGACCGGCGGCAAGAACUUUGUGUUCGUGCACCAGUCGGCCGACAAGGACGCCGUCGUGACGGCGCUGCUUCGCGGUGCCUACGAGUUCUCGGGCCAGAAGUGCUCCGCUGCCUCCAGGGCCUACGUGCCGGCGAGCAUGUGGAAGGAGCUCAAGGGCAAGCUCGUGGAGGGCAUCAAGAGCUUCAAGGUGGGCAACCCGGAGGAGCUGGACACGAUGGUGGGACCGGUGAUCCACAAGGCCUCGUUCGAGCGCUGCAAGUCGUUCAUCCAGACUGCCAAGUCCGACUCGAACACCUACACCAUCCACGCUGGUGGCGUGUGCGAUGAUUCCAAGGGCUACUUCGUGCACCCGACCCUCGUGGAGACCAAGGACCCGCACGGCGUGCUGAUGGAGAAGGAGAUCUUCGGCCCCAUCCUCACGGUCUACGUGUUCCCCGACGAGCAAAUCGAGGACACCCUCCACAUGGCCGAGAAGUCCACCUACGGUCUGACCGGCUCCAUCUUCGCCAACGACAGGUACUUCGUCAAGAAGGCCAUGGACGUGCUGGAGUAUGGCUGCGGCAACCUGUACAUCAACGACAAGCCCACGGGCGCCGUGGUGGGCCAGCAGCCGUUCGGCGGGUCGAGGGCGUCGGGAACCAACGACAAGGCGGGCGGCAAGCACAACCUGCUGCGCUUCGUCAACGUGCGCUCCAUCAAGGAGAACUUCGUGCCCGACACCAACCCCUUCUACCCCUACAUGUCCGCCCCCAAGCACUGA